AUGACGGACCAGUCAACAGCCCAGCUACCGGCAUCAGCCCUGGCUUUGGCCCCGGCGAAUCGAUUAAUCGGCAGGGUCGCCCUGAUUACCGGCGGCGGGGGUGCAAUCGGGCUAGAGACCGCCGGCCGUCUGCUUCAAGAAGGUGCUCGGGUCAGCCUUAUCGACAUCAGCCGCGAGGCUCUCGACAGAGCUGCCGCACACCUGCAAGAAACCAUCCUUGCCAACGACCCGGCCGGCCGGAGUGCUAAAGACUGCAUUCUUACCAUCCAGGCCGAUGUGACGUCGGAGCCUGAAGUGGCAGCGUACACGGAGAGGACCGUCAGCCACUUCGGCAGGCUCGACACCGCCUUUCUCAACGCCGGCAUCAGCUACUCGUCGACCAGCAUUUUCGACACCACUGCGGAGAGUUAUGACAGGAUUAUGAAUGUCAACGUCAAAUCAGCUUUCCUCGGAAUCAAGCAUUCCGCCAAGGCCAUGCGCGACCUUGGCAACGGCGGCAGCAUCAUCCUCACGUCCUCCAUCGCCGGCCUGCGAGGCACGCCGGGCCUCAUCCUCUACUCGGGCUCCAAGUUCGCCCUGCGCGGCCUGGCGCUGACGGCGGCCUCGGAGCUCGGCCCGCACGGCAUCCGCGUCAACACGAUCCACCCCAGCGGCGUCGACUCGCCCAUGUUCCGGGCCUCGUGGUCUGCGGAGAAGCUCGAGGAGCUCAGGAAGGCCAUGCCCCUCGGGCGCUUCGCCCAGGUGUCUGACGUGUCGGGCGUGGUGGCGUUCCUGGCGAGUGACGAUUCCCGGUUCAUGACCGGCGGGUUCCUCAAGAUUGACGGGGGCUGCGUGAGUUUUUAG